AAAACAUGAUGAGUGACAGACUUAAGGCGUUGAAGCAGAAGAGUGAUGACCUGGGACUUCCGUCAUUGUUGCCCAGACCAUGGUGUCAGCUAAAGGCUCCAGCUGCUGAUGAUCAGAUUAUCCGUGUGAUGCAGUGGAAUGUUUUAGCUCAAGCUCUAAGCAAGGGAGAAGAUAACUUUGUGCUGUGUCCUGGGAAAGCCCUCCAAUGGGAGGUGAGGAGAGUGCGCCUGAUAGAGGAGAUUUUGACUCGCACUCCUGGUAUUGUAUGUUUGGAGGAGGUUGACAUGAUGACUCAUUUUAAUGCUGAAUUGUCACAGGUUGGAUAUGAAGGCCUGUUCUUCUCAAAACUCUGGUCACCUUGUCUUGAUGUCCAGGAUAACUCUGGACCAGAUGGUUGCGCCAUUUUUUACCUCAAAGACCGACUGACACUCCUCAGUCAUGAUGACAUUAAGAUUUAUGUCCCACCUGGCCGGACCUUAUGUAAUCAGGUAGGGCUUCUGGCAACCUUCAGUCAGAAGUGUGUCAGUCAACCCCGAGCAUUCCAUGUGGUGGUCACACACCUGAAGGCUAAGUCAGGCUAUGAGGACUUGAGACGAAAGCAGGCUGAAUACUUGACUGAUUGGGUGUGGCAGAGGGUGGGAGAAGAACCAGUUAUUAUUUGUGGUGAUUUUAAUGGACAGCCGACAGAACCUUUCUACGAGGUUAUGCAGAACAGUAAGCUCAACUUAACCUCUGUGUAUAGACUGCUAACACAGGGUCACCAGGAACCUCCAUACACAACCUGGAAGGUCAGAGGUAUGGUGAAUGGGCAGGCAAAGGUUAUUGUGGAGGAGCAACACAUGACAAAGGUCAUAGGAGAGAAGCAAGAAACAGCAGAGGUCAAGAGGGAGGAGCAAAGGAAAGCAGAGGCCAAGGGGGAGGAACAAAGGAAAGCAGAGAUCAAGAGGGAGGAGCAAAGGAAAGCAGAGAUCAAGAGGGAGGAGCAAAGGAAAGCAGAGGUCAAGAGGGAGGAGCAAAGGAAAGCAGAGGUCAAGAGUGAGGAGCAACAGAGACAAGAGGUCAAGGAGACUGUGCAAGGCAGAAGAAUAGCCACAACAGAAAGCUGCUCCACUAUUGACUACAUUUGGUUAAGUGAAGGUCAGUUUUCUGCUCUUGGCCUCCUUGGACUUCCACGUGAGCAGGAUAUAGGGUCUGGUAGACUGCCAAGCCUGGCUUAUCCUUCUGAUCACCUCUCCCUUGUGUGUGACUUAAUACUAAAGAACUGAUGGGUGGGACAUUUUGGGAAAUAAUAUAACAAAAAUCAACAGCCAAAAUUCGGUUAGAAAUUGAUAUUUCUAACAAAAUCACAAAUAUUUUCCCUUCCCAGUGGUGUUUCAAAGAAUAAAUUAUCUCGGAGAAAUAAGAAAAAAUCAACAGCCACUGUUGUAUAACAAUAGCAUGAGUUUCUGAGAGCAUUGUUUUUAUAAUUCUCUGUCAUUCCUCUAGGCAGACAUUUCCAUAAUUAUUCAUUCGUCUUAAAGUCAUAAUAAUAUAAUAUUAUUAAUGGUGUUUCUGAGAAUAAAUUAUCAAACUUUUUUGACCCAUUUCGUCGUCAUUCAGUUCGUAUAGCUUAUAAAUGCCCUCUGUAUUGUAUCAUCUAGAUGAUAACAAUUGAAACUAUAUGUGACGGAAAGCGGACAAAGCCCAAAAAGGACAUCACCUGUCAUCAGGUAAUUUUCAAAUUGGGCUUGACUUGAGGAGUGUUUUACGGUCGCAGACUUUCCCAUUUACGACUGGCGAGGAAGCCAAAAUAAGCUGGACUUGAACUCAGAGUAAACGCAUUUCUUCGGACUUGAAUCCGCAACCUAGCCAGCUGUAGUUAGAUUGGAACUGGCUGGAUUUGAUGGUGAAGAGCUAUUCUGCUACAGCGUAAGAUAAACGAGCCAUUGAGUUGUUAUCAACACGUAUAAAUGACAUGUUGUUAUCACACUUUAUCUGUGUGUGUGUUUUUUUCUUGGCACUAAUCGGUGCAUUACACCUUAUUCAAGAAUACCUUGUCCACACGUCAGGAAUCAAGUUCAUGGAUCGUAGAGUUCUGGUAGAGCACGGAGAAACCACGGCACUUCGUCAGGUAGCAGAACACCAUGUUCCAUGAUCCCAAAACUCUAAUCCAACGGUCACGGGUUUUGAACAGACGACAGUCUUAGUCAAGGGCUAAUUUCUCUUCCUGUAAAAUCUCUG